AUGACGACAAAUAACAAAAAAAGACUUAUUGACGAAAGCAACAAUUAUUCGGAUCUGUCAGAAGGUGACGAGAUAAAUUCAAAUUUGGCAAGAGAGGGACCUCAUAGAAAUAGUAGAAGAUUUCGAGAAAUGAGGUCCAUCACACCCGAAUACGAAGAAGACUGUUCAUCUAAAUCUGAAAAAGAUCUCACAGAUAUUAGAUGGGCCAGCGACUUAUUUCAACCGACUUUCCAUGAAUGCAAUUCCCAGCAUUCCGGAAUAAAGGCGUCAAUUAGGUAUUCGGCAUCGAUUUUAGAUUAUUUUCAAUUGUUCUGCUCUGAAGAUUUUAUAAGUUUCAUUGUCGGCACGACAAACAGUUACUGCAGUAGCCUUGAUAAGAAUCAUAAUACAAUAAAUUCACAAAAUACUUCCCUCCCAGAGAUGUAUUGCUUUCUUGCCCUCAAAUUUUUGAUGUCGCGAAAUAAAAAUCUAAAAUAUUCUGAAUACUGGUCUAACGACAAACUUUUGAGGAGCAACAUUUUUGGAGAGGUGAUGAGUAGAGAUCGGUUUUUAUAUUUGCUUAAAAUUUUAUAUUUUAAUACGAACAAUGUGACUGCAGAUGUUGAUAAAUUAUAUAAAAUAAGGGAAAUUUGUGAUAAGCUGCGACAACGUUUUCAGGAGGCAUUUUAUCCUUUUCAAAAUUUAUGUAUUGACGAAAGCUUACUUCUGUACAAAGGAAGGUUAUCAUUUAAGCAAUAUAUACCCCCUAAAAGAAACAGAUUUGGAAUAAAAUCAUUUGUUUUAUACGAUACCAAAUCUGGAUUUGUACAGGAUUUCAUUAUUUAUAAUGGCUCAUUAACCACUGUAGACUGCGUAAAUGAAUUUAUUGGAAAGUUAGGAAACAUAGUACUGGAAUUACUAAAACCUUAUUUAGGCAAAGGCCAUACGUUAUACGUAGACAAUUGGUAUACAAGCCCCGCACUUUUUAUUCUUUUGCAUCGUAAUCAAACUAACGCUUGUGGAACAGUACGUAAAAGGCGAAAAGGCAUACCAGUUAUCCAAAAUAAAUUAAAAACUGGUGAAGCGAGUUUUCGCUCCUCGAAGUAUUUAUUAGCGAUGAGAUGGUGUGAUAAAAGAGAAGUAUACAUGCUAUCCUCUGUUAGAAUUAUGGGUUUAAAUAAAAUUAAUAUUACCUUUAUAUCACUGAAUUAG